GCGUGGUAUGAUUGAGACCUUUCUCUGUCUUGAUAUCUACUUCGAUCUUACACUUUUCACGUGCAUUUCUAUACAUAGAGUCAAAUCCUACGUCUGUAGUAUAUCGAUUUCAAGAUGCUACUCAGUACCCUUCUCGCCCUCACAGCCCUAUCAACAGGCGCAAAUGCGCAUUUCCGCCUCCUAGAACCUAUCUGGCGCGGCUCCUCUUUCGAUGCGCCUGCAAGCCAGUAUAUCUACCCUUGCGCCAAUGUAAACGAAACCACGGAUGCUGCAAACCGAACACAAUGGCCCACGACAGGCGGCUCCCUGAUAAUCAACGGCUCCCACGCUCACGCCUUCACCUACGUAAAUCUGGCCCUCGGCUCAAACGCCACAAACUUCAACAUCACCCUCCUCCCCGUCUUCAACCAAACCGGCGCCGGCAUCUUCUGCACCAAAGAAACCGGAAAGUCGCAAUUGGACGCAGCAUUCAAAGCAGCUGGGUACAGUGGGACGGGGGAUCAGAGACUAGAGGGCAUGUUGGCGUCUGUUCAGGUUGUGCAGUUGGGGACGAGGGGCAGUGCGUUGUAUAAUUGUGCGGAUAUUGUGUUUAAUUCUAGUGCAACGCCGCUGGGGGAUGAUACGUGCAAGAAUGGGACGGGUGUUGGGGGUGUGGCGCUUGAGAGUGAGGGGGAGGCGGCGGGCAGUGGGAAUGCGACGGCGGAGACGACGAAGCCUAAUGCUGCUGCGUCGGUGGUUGUGAGUGGGCUGGGUAGUGUGGGGUUGGCUGCGUUGGUGGCGGUGUGGAUGGUUGUUUGA